AUGGCUGAGACUGGCCAGUCUCUGACUCGAAGGCUUUCGCUCCAGGUGACGCAUGUAUGCAGCGAUGAUGGGGAACGGCGGCCCAGCUUCCUCCGCAAGACCGUGUCGACAGCGAUCCGCGGCAAUGAGGCCCGGCAGAAGUGGAGGAUGUUAGAGAAAGCGGGAUCGACAAGCGAGGAUCUUGAGCCUGGGCCUCCAGUUGGGAAGACCGACUCACGACUUGGGAGCAAGCUGUCGGUGGCAGCUGCAGAUUCUUCGCCGCGGCGUGGUCUGAGAACGACCUCUUCAGCUGUGUUUGAUGCGGCGUUUUCUGGUAAAGACAUACUGUCCGACGUCCCGCUCUUUAAAGAUUGCACCUUCAAGUUUCUUGAGGCCUUAUCUGCUCAAGUUCACACCAGACUUGUGGAGCCCGGCACGGACAUCUAUUUGGAAGGGGAACAAGGUGACAGCCUCUUCUUUCUGUGCAGAGGUGAGGUGGAAGUGCUUCACGGCGGGGAGGUUCAAUCCAAACACCAGGAUGGUGCCGUUUUCGGGGAAAUGGCAGCUGCCAGCAAACAUCCCGCUUUGACAACACGAUCCGCGACGGUGCGGGCGUCAACGCUCUGUGAUUUCAAGCUUCUUCAGCGAGACGACUUGCAGCAGGUCUUGAGCCAUUUCAAAGAAGAUGCAAAGCGGCUUGAAGAGAAGGUUGAGCGUCACAUGGAGGAACUUCGCGAGAAGGGAGCGAUCCCUGCAAGAAAGGAGUGGUGGCGAAUGGAUGCACGACGGUCCUCCGUUGCAUCGAUUGCUUCGGCCACCUCAGAGGGACGCCGACCGAGCGUGUGGAAGCGUGCUCUUUCAGGUGUGACACGCCGGAUGUCGCUCACCCACAAGCCGCACGCUUACACCCUGGCUACGACUGCGAUGGCUGGCUUAACUGGCCUGGCCAGUACAGCGCCGCCUGCUUUGCGAAAUCGCGGCCGCCGCAUGAGCGAUGGCAUGCUGCUAGUGCGGCAAGAAAGACAAGCUUCCAAAUCCAGUAUCACAAGUUUGAAGUCAAUAUGUGAGGGGCAACAUGAGCCUGUCAAUGAAGAUGCCAGCGGCCGGACCAGCUCACCAAGCUCGUCAUCAAGCUCGUCGUCUUCACGAAGUGGCAGCAGUCACCCAGAGUGGGCAAUGUUGGCCGAUGACACAAGUGAACCAGGUGAACCAAGGAGGAGCAGAGCAGAGAGCCUUGAAAUUGGUCCUGCUGAGGCCCAAGCCGUCACAAGCCACUCCGCUCUCCAGACCCUGCUCCGAAACAUAUGCAACAUGGAGAGACUGCUCUGUAACAUGCUGGGAAUGCCACUGUGUAACACCUUAUGA